GGGAGAGUCACCUGCCUACGCACCUUCACACCGGAGAGAAUGUGGAACUUUACACUGCUAACGAUGUGCCUUCUCAGUGUUGCCGUUUUGGUACGAGGAGCGAGUCUCCUGGACGGCGCCACAGAGCCUGACUGUUCCCAGUACAGCUUGCCCAUGUGCCCCCGUAACUUCGAUCCAGUGUGUGGAAGCGACGGCAUCACCUACUCUAACGAAUGCAUGCUGUGCUUUCAAAACAUGGAGUGGAACACUAACAUUCUCAUCCAGAGUAAAGGAGAGUGCUGAACCAGACAUGACCAUCAUCCAUUGUCUCAGUGACCCACCAGGCCUCUCAACAUUACUUUAAAUCAUUUCCUGUUGCCUUGUCAAAAACACUGACAUCUAUUCUGACAUCUAUUCUAUUGCUUUCUAUAUGCUGAGGAGUCAGUAAGUCACAAGUGCUUCAAUGUACUUUGAAUUGUUUUCCUCAACACCUGUUUCCUUCUCCAAUCCUUAUGGGCUCCCUGUCUGUCUUCUGUAGAGCACUUAACCCUUCACUACCUAGUCUUUAAGACUUGUGUAGCGUACGUCUUGGUGGUAAAAUUGUAUUUUUUAAAAUGGAAUAAUCUUAAUUGUGCCUUUUUUUUUUUUUUUACGUGUCCACCUAUUUUUAUCUGUAAUUAAA